AGGCGGCUGAGAACAUGCCUGGCUCUUGGCUUUCAGGGGCACGUGACCGCGGUGGACCUGACGGCCGUGAGACCCUGCGACUCCUAUAUCUGGUCUCCAGAGACAUUUCCUCACUUAGAUGAGUCUCAGAUCUUGGCCAUUCGAAUGGCCUUGAGCAGGGAAUUUGUGCUGAUUCAGGGCCCACCUGGGACAGGCAAAACCUUCUUUGGGCUCCAGAUCGUGGAGCUCCUGUUGAGGAAUCAGUCUCAGUGGUGGGAGGACCAGAGACCCUUCCUGGUCGUCUGCUACACAAACCAUGCUCUGGACCAAUUUAUGGAAGUCACUUACUGCAGGAAGCGCCAUCCACGGGGUGCAGUACAUCCCAUCUCUGCCACCAGCUGUCACGAAGUCCCUGGGUGAUGUCUGGAACUGCUCCCUACGAAGCCAGGCAGGACUCUGGUGAAGUCUCCUCUCUGGGAGCAGACUGUCUGCAGGGCAAGAAGCUCACACAGCUUCCACCUUCCUGGGUCUGACCUCGGAGAAUUCAGCAUCCUCUGCCCCUCCGUGCGCUUC